CCUUCAAAUUAAGUGGACACCAAUGGUGUGGAAAGAGAGGAUAUCAAAUGUAUAUGAAACCUCUGCCUAUUUGCUUUCUCUACUGAUCUGGUAUGACUGCAAAACAUACACCAACACCACAUCGGACAAGUAAACGGAAUAAAUUCUACUCACAAAUCGGUGACUACUAAGGCCAGUGAUCUCAUGGACAGCAGCCCUCUAAGGAACAUUGGAAGAGACAAACAUGGCAAAAUCAAGAAACCACGUGGGGGACUUCUUGGAGGAGUUCAGAGAGCAGAUCAUUGCGCAGGUGAGAUUAUCUGGGCCUAUAGUAGACGCUGUGAUCUCACAACAUCUUAUCCCAGAAGAGCUGGCACACCGCGUCCGUGCAGCCCAGACCACACAAGACCAGAUGAGGGCUCUGUUUGAAGCCGUAGAGAGAGAGACACCACAAACCAAACUUGCAUUCCAUCUGAUAUUGAGACUGAAAGAGCCUGAACUCAUGGACAAGCUAGAGCAGAGACAACGAAACAGUAAGAUGACACAGACAGGAUUGGAUCAAAGGUAUGGCGAUACCACAACAUUAGAGGAUAAGACCACACCAAAACUUGGCAUACAGACAAAAAAGGAAUCUCUUAAGAGACGAAGACAAGAAACAAUGCAAGCAAUUGAGGAGAUUGAAAAACUUUGGGAGGGGUCAAGAAGGGAGAGAAAUGAAACUAACUACAUGAAAGCAAAGAUUAAGCAACAACAAGAGGAAAUAGAAAGGCUAAUGGCUGAGAAACAAGAGCAAAACACAAAGAUGGAGCUGAUGAGGAUGGAGAUCCAGAAUGUGAAUGAAAAACUGAAACAGAACAUGGAGGAAAUAAAUAUAGAGAAAGACGAAAUACGACAAAUGUGGGCUGAUGUCCAAACAGAGAAAGACAUUCUGGAGAGAAGACACAAUGAGACCAUUAACGAGAGACAGAGUUUGGAAUUGAUCAAGUAUGAGACAUUGAGAGCAAAAGAGGAGAUGGAGCACUGCAAGGAAACAACAAAACAAGAGCAGGAGAAAAUGGAACAGAUUAAGGCUGACAUUCAGGGACAGAUAGAGGACAUGGAAAUAAGAAUUGCAGAAACCAAUCAAGUGAAAGAAAAAAUGGAAGCGAUGAAGGCCGAUGUACACAGGGAGCAAGGUCAGCUGGAGACAAAAAGAGAUGACAUUAAAAGACAAAAAGAACAGUUUGAGCAGAUUAAAUGUGAGAUAAACAAAGUAAAAGAAGAGAUGGAUCGAAGGUGGUAUGAAACGGAGAAAGAAGAGCUUGAGCAGAGAGUUAGGAUCCAGCAUGAGAAAGAGGAACUUGCCAACGUAAAAGCUGAGCUGCAGAGAGCUAAAGAGGAGGUUGAUCAAAACAGGGAGAAGACGAAGCAAGAGAAGGACCUGGUCAACAAAAUGAAAGCAGAGAUUCUUCUAGAAAAGGAUUCACUUGAGAAGGACAAACAAGAAACAUUACGAAAACAAAAGGAGUUGGAGCAGAUCAAGUAUGCAAUUCAAAUGGACAAAGAGGAGAUUGAGCAAAACAGAGAGGAAGCAAAGCGAGAGAAUGAUAAGAUGGAACAGAGGGAAGCUGAACUGCAGAGACAAGUGGAAACGAUUGAGAGAAACAUUGAGGAGACAAAGCAAGAAAAUGACAGAAUGGAAAACGUAAAAGCAGAGAUACAGAGAACGAAAGAAGCACUGGAGAAACAAAAAGAUGACACCAGGCGAGUGAAGGAGGAAAUGGAGAAAAGAAGGUAUGAGACUGUCAAGGAGGAGCUGGAGCAGAGAGCUGAAAUACAGAGACAGAGAGAAGAAGUGGAAAUGCUCAAGUCUGAAAUGCAGAAAGCCAAGGACGUUGAAAAAACAAGAGGAAACCGAGAGAGAGAGGAAGCCAAAAAGUGGAGUGAAGAAGUAAAGCGACAGAGAGAUGGGAUCAAACAGUUGAGAGCUGAAGUUCAGAAGGAAAAAGACAACGUGGAGAGGAAAAAGCAAGAGACAAUGAGAGAGAGACAAGAAUUGGAGAGGAUUCAUUUUGAAACGCUGAGAAUGAAAGAGGAGAAUGAGCAAAGCAGGGAGAUCACAAGAAGAGAAAAGGAGCAAAUGGAGCAGAUGAAAGCUAAUAUACAGAGACAGAUAGAAGAUAUAGAAGAACAAGUUACAGAGACAAAACAAGCAAAAGACAAAAUGGAAGAAAUGAAAGCAGAGAUACAGAGACAACGUGAAGAUUUGGAGAGUAGAAGGGAAAAGACAGAGAAAGAGCGAGAGCAUUAUGAAGAGGUUAAGUGUGAGAUAAUUCAAUUGAAAGAGGAAAUGGAAAGGAAAUGGUGUGAAACAGAGAAAGACGAGGUGGAACAGAGAGCAAGAGCGCAGCAAGAGACGGAAACACUUGAAAGGUUGAAGGAGGAAAAACAGAAAGUGCGAGAGGAAAUAGAAAGAAACAAGGUGGAAACGCAACGAGAAAGAGAGAACCUAGAAAAAAUUCAAGCCCGUGUGAAAGACGAGAAGAACAUUGCAGAGAAAAUAUCAGAAGAGGCCAAAAUAAAGAAUGAGGACUUAACGGAAAUGGAGCGUAACCUUCAGGAAGAAAGGGAAGAGAUCGAGAGGAGCAAGCAAGUCACAAAGCAAGAGAAGGAAGAGAUCGUAGAGAUGAAGGCUGAACUCCAAAGACAGAUGACAGAAAUAGAGAACCGUGUGAAGGAGACAAACAGAGCAAAAUAUGAGGUGGAUCAGGCAAAGCUGGUCAUACAUAAAGUGGAGUCCCAGCUGAAAAAGCAAAGAGAUGAGGCUGGAAGAGUAAAAGAUGAAAUUGAGAAACAGAGAUAUGAAGCAGUGAAAGAAGAGCUUGAGCAACGAGCUGAAAUCCAACGAGAAAGAGAAAUGUUGGAGAAAGUAAGAGACGAGAUACGGAGAGCCGAAGAAGACUCCGAAGAAACGCAGCUUCGGAGCAAAAGAGGGGACUUACAAAAGAAGAUGGAUGAAACAAAGCAAGAGAGGGAGAUGCUUGAGCAAAUUAAAACAGAGGUUUUGUCAGAAAGGGCCAUGUUGAAAAGACAAAUCCAUGAAACUGCAAGAGAAAGAGAGGACUUGGAAUUGCUUCGGUGUGAGACCCUGAAGAAAAAGCAGGAGCUUGAGAAAAAGCAGGAGGAAGCUGUCAAGGAAGAGCUUGAACUGAGAGCUGAAAUGCAGAGAGAUAGAGAGGAGAUAGAGAGAACCAAGAAGAAAAUAGAGAGGGAGUUAAAACAAAGCAGGGAUGCCACAAGUCUAGAGAGAGGCGAAGUGGAACGGAUGAAGGUUGAAGUACAGAACCAGCAUGAGGAAAUGACUAGAUCCAUUGAGAGGACAAGGCAAGCCAGAGACGUGAUGGAACAGAUGAAGGAUGAAAUUCAGAGAGAAAAACAACUUUUGGAGAGAAUAAGGGAAGAAACAAUAAGAGAGAAAGAACCCUAUGAAACGGUCAAGGAUGAGCUAAACAGAGUUAAAGAAGAGAUGGAAAAACUCUGGGACGAGGUACAGAGGGACGAGCAGGAAGAGAGAGCCAAACUGCAUCGAGAAAAUGUGGAGCUGAGUAAGAGAAUGGAGGAAAUUAAGACAGAGAUUAACCAGAUAGAAACAAUUAAAUUUGACCUAGAGAGACAGAGAGAUGAGAUUGAAGCAAGGAUGGAGAAGACAAAGAGAGAGAUGGACAAGCUGGAACAAACGAAGGCUGAAAUACAAAGACAGAAAGAGGACAUUGAAAACAAGAUGACAGAAACAAAGAGUGAGAAAGAGGAGAUGGAAAGGAUCAAAUCUGAGAUACAGAAGCAGAAAGAGGAAAUUGAAAACAAAAUGCAACAAGCAGAGACAGAAAUGGAUGAGCUGAAAAGUGUGAGGGAAGAUAUUCAGAGGCAGAGACAAGAGGUCGAGAACAUGAUGCAGAAGGCCAAGAGAGAGAUUGGAGAGAUGGAACUAGUGAAGACUGAGAUGCAAAGGAAGAAAAAGGACCUUGAACAGACGAUGAGAAAGACUAAGAGGAAAAAGGAAGAAAUGGAAAAGAUGAAGGAUGAAAUAGAGAGAGCGGAAGAAGAGAUGGAACAAAGAAGGGAAGAGACCAAAAGGGAGAGAGAUGCAAUUGCACAGGCGAAGGCUGAAAUAGAAAGAGCAAAAGAGGAACUGGAGAUUCGUCUGGAAGAGGGCUUUAGAGAUAUUGAUGAGAAGGAACAGAUGAAUGCUGAGAUACAGAGAUUAAUCCAAGAGGUAGAGCGAACCAGAGAAAUGGUACGACAAACAAAAGUGGCAAUGGAAAACAGGAUGGAAGAAAGCAAUAUGGAGAUGGGUGACAAAGACAGAGUGAAUGCUGUAAUCCAGAGGUUGAUUCUAGAGGUGGAACAAACCAGAGAGGUGUUAAGAAGGGUGAAAGAAGAAAUGGAACUGAGCAAGGGGGAGUUAAAAGGGGAAAAGGACAAAAUCAGACUGAUGAAGACGGAGACACAAAAAAGAAAAAAAGAGCUGGAGCAAAGGAUGGAGAAGAUCAUGCGAGAGAGGGAUGAGUUAGAACUGGUGAAGUCAAAGAUACAGAGACAACGGGAAGAGCUGAAACAGAAGAUGGAAGAUGGAAAGACUGAGAGUGAAAAGAUGGAACAGAUGAAAGAUGAAAUUGAGAAACAGAGAUAUGAACAACGAGCUGAAAUCCAAAGAGAAAGAGAAAUGUUGGAGAAAGUAAGAGACCAGAUACGGAGAGCCGAAGACAAUUCCGAAGAAAUACAGUUUCAGAGCGAAAAAGGGGACUUACAAAAGAAGAUGGAUGAAACAAAGCAAGAGAGGGAGAUGCUUGAGCAAAUUAAAACAGAGGUUUUGUCAGAAAGGGCCAUGUUGAAAAGCCAAAUCCAUGAAACCGCAAGAGAAAGAGAGGACUUGGAAUUGCUUCGGUGUGAAACCCUGAAGAAAAAGCAGGAGCUUGAGAAAAAGCAGGAGGAAGCUGUCAAGGAAGAGCUUGAACUGAGAGCUGAAAUGCAGAGAGAUAGAGAGGAGAUAGAGAGAACCAAGAAGAAAAUAGAGAGGGAGUUAAAACAAAGCAGGGAUGCCACAAGUCUAGAGAGAGGCGAAGUGGAACGGAUGAAGGUUGAAGUACAGAACCAGCAUGAGGAAAUGACUAGAUCCAUUGAGAGGACAAGGCAAGCCAGAGACGUGAUGGAACAGAUGAAGGAUGAAAUUCAGAGAGAAAAACAACUUUUGGAGAGAAUAAGGGAAGAAACAAUAAGAGAGAAAGAACCCUAUGAAACGGUCAAGGAUGAGCUAAACAGAGUUAAAGAAGAGAUGGAAAAACUCUGGGACGAGGUACAGAGGGACGAGCAGGAAGAGAGAGCCAAACUGCAUCGAGAAAAUGUGGAGCUGAGUAAGAGAAUGGAGGAAAUUAAGACAGAGAUUAACCAGAUAGAAACAAUUAAAUUUGACCUAGAGAGACAGAGAGAUGAGAUUGAAGCAAGGAUGGAGAAGACAAAGAGAGAGAUGGACAAGCUGGAACAAACGAAGGCUGAAAUACAAAGACAGAAAGAGGACAUUGAAAACAAGAUGACAGAAACAAAGAGUGAGAAAGAGGAGAUGGAAAGGAUCAAAUCUGAGAUACAGAAGCAGAAAGAGGAAAUUGAAAACAAAAUGCAACAAGCAGAGACAGAAAUGGAUGAGCUGAAAAGUGUGAGGGAAGAUAUUCAGAGGCAGAGACAAGAGGUCGAGAACAUGAUGCAGAAGGCCAAGAGAGAGAUUGGAGAGAUGGAACUAGUGAAGACUGAGAUGCAAAGGAAGAAAAAGGACCUUGAACAGAUGAUGAGAAAGACUAAGAGAAAAAAGGAAGAAAUGGAAAAGAUGAAGGAUGAAAUAGAGAGAGCGGAAGAAGAGAUGGAACAAAGAAGGGAAGAGACCAAAAGGGAGAGAGAUGCAAUUGAACAGGCGAAGGCUGAAAUAGAAAGAGCAAAAGAGGAACUGGAGUUUCGUCUGGAAGAGGGCUUUAGAGAUAUUGAUGAGAAGGAACAGAUGAACGCUGAGAUACAGAGAUUAAUCCAAGAGGUAGAGCGAACCAGAGAAAUGGUACGACAAACAAAAGUGGCAAUGGAAAACAGGAUGGAAGAAAGCAAUAUGGAGAUGGGUGACAAAGACAGAGUGAAUGCUGUAAUCCAGAGGUUGAUUCUAGAGGUGGAACAAACCAGAGAGGUGUUAAGAAGGGUGAAAGAAGAAAUGGAACUGAGCAAGGGGGAGUUAAAAGGGGAAAAGGACAAAAUCAGACUGAUGAAGACGGAGACACAAAAAAGAAAAAAAGAGCUGGAGCAAAGGAUGGAGAAGAUCAUGCGAGAGAGGGAUGAGUUAGAACUGGUGAAGUCAAAGAUACAGAGACAACGGGAAGAGCUGAAACAGAAGAUGGAAGAUGGAAAGACUGAGAGUGAAAAGAUGGAACAGAUGAAAGAUGAAAUACAGAGAGCGGUUGCAGAGAUAGACCUGGCAAGGGAGGAGAUACAAAGGGAAAAAAGGAAGAUUAAAGAGGACAAUGCAAGGAAAGAGAAGGAUAUGAUGGAGUCUAUGAAAGCUGAGCUUGACAGACAGACAGAGGGAAAAAACGGAAGGAAAAAAGAAAUGCCAAUGAUGAAGACCACGGUCCAGAGGCCACAGGAUGAAACAGAGAAAACCUACCUUGGAGAUACGACAACUGAGAUACCAUUUGAGUCACAAGAGCUAAGAACCGCCAUUGAAAAAGAAAGAAGAGACUUGGAACGCAGAGAGAAAAUGAUUAUGAGAGAGAAGUAUGACCUGGAAAAGUCAAAAGCCGAGUUUGAGAAGGAAAAGGCAGAGAUGGAGAACAUGAUCACAAAACAACGAGAGGAGGGCAGACAAAUUAUUGAGGACAUAGAAAAGAAAAAAGAAAUUCUCGAGCAAAUGGAUGCAGAGAUGCAAAGGAAAAGACUGGUCAUUGUAAGGGAUAUGCAAUAUAAAACACAAAAGAUGCAGGACUUUAAAAAAGCAAAAGAUAAAUUUAAACAAACGCAAGUUAAAUUUAGCAAAGAGAAAAUUGAAAUGGGAAACAUCAAAAAGGCUACCGUGGCGGAAAGAAAUAAACUAGCAGUAGAGCAAGCUUACAUAGAGAAACGCAAGGAGGAGAUGGAAGCUAUCCUGGAACUGACAAAGAAGGAGAAUGAAGAUCUGCUGAACUUAAAAGCUCAAAUAGAGGGAUGGAAAGAAGACAAAGAUGAACGGGGUGAACGCCUGAACAGGGAAAGAAAGGAACUUGAAUAUCUGAAAAGUAAGAUGCAAAAAGAAAAAGAGGAUACGAUAAGAAACAGGAACAUUUCGGAAAAAGAGAAAAAGGACUUGGAGCUGAUGAGAUCUGAAACGCAGAAAGAAAAGGGGAAGAUGGAACAAGAGAAGCUUAAGGUACAAGCUGGGAGAGAAAAGCUUGAACAAAUGAAACUGGAGUUACAGAGAAAGUCCAACGACCUAGAUAUGAUCAUAGAAGACACAAAGAGGGAGAAAGUCAGUGCAUCACAAAUUCCUGUCCAAAUACAACAACAAAAGAACCAAAUUGAUUGUUUUGUGGAAGAGACAAAGAGGAGUAAAAUCGAAGAAGAAUUGAUGAGCGCUGAAAUAAAAAGACAGAAAGAGGACAUAGACAGCAAACAAGACAUUCUAUCAAAGGAGAGAGAAGAUCUGAAUAAACUCAGAACAGAGGUAAACAAUCAGAGAGAAGAGAUUGAAAAUAUCACGCAAGAGCAAAUUAAAGAAACAUUUCAAAUUAAUCAGACAAAGACAGAGAUGGAAAAAGAGAGAUGUGAGAUGGACAGAAAAAAGAAAAUGAUAGAGCAGAAUAUGGAUGAGCUAGAGCAGAGAAAGUGUGAGAUGAGAAAAGUAGAAAACAUAAUUAUCGAACUGAGAAAAGAAGAAGAGAGUAUAACGAAUGAGAUGAACAGGAUGAGAAAGAACACAGAGCAGAAAAGUUUUGAAAUGCAGAGACGGUCUGAAGACAUGAAUCAGCUAAUGGAAGAGACAAGACGGGAGAUGGGGAAGGUUGAAGAACUGGCUAUCCAAACUCAAAAAGAAAGAGAAGAAAUGGUGGGUUUUAUGGAAAAGAACAAACAAAAGCAGAACGAACUGGAACUCAUGAAUGACAAGAUUGAAAGAGAGAAACAAGACAUUGAAGAAAGUCGGAAUGUGCUAACAAAGGAGAGAGAGGAGCUGGAACAAAUGAGGAGUGAGAUACAGCAACAGAGAGAGGAGACAGAAUCUCACAUGGAAGACCAAAGGAAAGAGAAAGAACAUUUGGAACAAAUGACGACAGACAUGAAAAAACAGUUGCUAGAGGUGGAUAAUGACAAGGAAAUGAUAGAAAGCUCAAUGGGUGAACUGAGAGUGAAAGAGGCAGAAAUAGUGAGAGAAAAAGACAACAUGGAUAACAAGAUGGCUAGGCUCAAAGAGGAAGAGGAUGGAAUGCGGGAAGAAAUAGGAAGGAAGAUGGACAUCUUAAAGAAGGAAAGUUGUGAAAUCAAAAGACUUAGAGAUGAAAUUGACAGUGAAAAUGACCAGCUGAAUGCAACAUUGCUUGAGUUGGAAAAAAUGCGUGAAGAACUUGAUAGAGAGAAGAAGGAAGUGAAAGACAGGAAGGAUGAAACACUGAAAGAGAAAGAUCAGUUGGAAGAGAGGCGAGGUAAGAUGAGCAAGGAGAAAGAGGAAUUGGAUAUCAGUCUUGAACUGAUGAAAAGACAAAUGGAAGACUUGACGAACUUGAAGGCUGAAGCAGAAGCACAGACCGAGCCUAUGGAAAUAGACUGGAAGGAAAAGCUCACGAGGGAAAGACAACAACUUGAAGAUGUAAAGGAGGAGAUACAGAAGGAAAAAGAAGCCUUUGAGAGAAAGAAGGGAUUGACCAUGAAAGAAAGAGAUGAGUUUGAUCUGAUGAAGUCUGAAACCCAGGGACAAUUGGAGGAAAUAGAACAAAACAAACAAGACAUUCGUGUGGAGAAGGAAAAGCUGGAUCAGAUCAAAGCUGAGUUAGAAAGACGGUCUGAAGACGUAAAUCAGGUCAUGGAUGAGACAAGACGGGAGAGGGGGAAGGUUGAAGAACUGGCUAUCCAAACUCAAAAAGAAAGAGAAGAAAUGGUGGGUUUUAUGGAGAAGAACAAACAAAAGCAGAACGAACUGGAACUCAUGAAUGACAAGAUUGAAAGAGAGAAACAAGACAUUGAAGAAAGUCAGGAUGUGCUAACGAAGGAGAGAGAGGAGCUGGAACAAAUGAGGAGUGAGAUACAGCAACAGAGAGAGGAGACAGAAUCUCACAUGGAAGACCAAAGGAAAGAGAAAGAACAUUUGGAACAAAUGACGACGGACAUGAAAAAACAGUUGCUAGAGGUGGAUAAUGACAAGGAAAUGAUAGAAAGCUCAAUGGGGGAACUGAGAGUGAAAGAGGCAGAAAUGGUGAGAGAAAAAGACAACAUGGAUAACAAGAUGGCUAGGCUCAAAGAGGAAGAGGAUGGAAUGCGGGAAGAAAUAGGAAGGAAGAUGGACAUCUUAAAGAAGGAAAGUUGUGAAAUCAAAAGACUUAGAGAUGAAAUUGACAGUGAAAAGGACCAGCUGAAUGCAAAAUUGCUUGAGUUGGAAAAAAUGCGUGAAGAACUAGAUAGAGAGAAGAAGGAAGUGAAAGACAGGAAGGAAGAAACACUGAAAGAGAAAGAUCAGUUGGAAGAGAGGCGAGGUAAGAUGAGCAAGGAGAAAGAGGAAUUGGAUAUCAGUCUUGAACUGAUGAAAAGACAAAGGGAAGACUUGACAAGCUUGAAGGCUGAAGCAGAAGCACAGACCGAGGCUAUGGAAAAAGACUGGAAGGAAAAGCUCACGAGGGAAAGACAACAACUUGAAGAUGUAAAGGAGGAGAUACAGAAGGAAAAAGAAGCCUUUGAGAGAAAGAAGGGAUUGACCAUGAAAGAAAGAGAUGAGUUUGAUCUGAUGAAGUCUGAAACCCAGGGACAAUUGGAGGAAAUAGAACAAAACAAACAAGACAUUCGUGUGGAGAAGGAAAAGCUGGAUCAGAUCAAAGCUGAGUUAGAAAGACGGUCUGAAGACGUAAAUCAGGUCAUGGAUGAGACAAGACGGGAGAGGGGGAAGGUUGAAGAACUGGCUAUCCAAACUCAAAAAGAAAGAGAAGAAAUGGUGGGUUUUAUGGAAAAGAACAAACAAAAGCAGAACGAACUGGAACUCAUGAAUGACAAGAUUGAAAGAGAGAAACAAGACAUUGAAGAAAGUCGGGAUGUGCUAACAAAGGAGAGAGAGGAGCUGGAACAAAUGAGGAGUGAGAUACAGCAACAGAGAGAGGAGACAGAAUCUCACAUGGAAGACCAAAGGAAAGAGAAAGAACAUUUGGAACAAAUGACGACGGACAUGAAAAAACAGUUGCUAGAGGUGGAUAAUGACAAGGAAAUGAUAGAAAGCUCAAUGGGUGAACUGAGAGUGAAAGAGGCAGAAAUAGUGAGAGAAAAAGACAACAUGGAUAACAAGAUGGCUAGGCUCAAAGAGGAAGAGGAUGGAAUGCGGGAAGAAAUAGGAAGGAAGAUGGACAUCUUAAAGAAGGAAAGUUGUGAAAUCAAAAGACUUAGAGAUGAAAUUGACAGUGAAAAUGACCAGCUGAAUGCAACAUUGCUUGAGUUGGAAAAAAUGCGUGAAGAACUAGAUAGAGAGAAGAAGGAAGUGAAAGACAGGAAGGAUGAAACACUGAAAGAGAAAGAUCAGUUGGAAGAGAGGCGAGGUAAGAUGAGCAAGGAGAAAGAGGAAUUGGAUAUCAGUCUUGAACUGAUGAAAAGACAAAGGGAAGACUUGACAAGCUUGAAGGCUGAAGCAGAAGCACAGACCGAGGCUAUGGAAAAAGACUGGAAGGAAAAGCUCACGAGGGAAAGACAACAACUUGAAGAUGUAAAGGAGGAGAUACAGAAGGAAAAAGAAGCCUUUGAGAGAAAGAAGGGAUUGACCAUGAAAGAAAGAGAUGAGUUUGAUCUGAUGAAGUCUGAAACCCAGGGACAAUUGGAGGAAAUAGAACAAAACAAACAAGACAUUCGUGUGGAGAAGGAAAAGCUGGAUCAGAUCAAAGCUGAGUUAGAAAGACGGUCUGAAGACGUAAAUCAGGUCAUGGAUGAGACAAGACGGGAGAGGGGGAAGGUUGAAGAACUGGCUAUCCAAACUCAAAAAGAAAGAGAAGAAAUGGUGGGUUUUAUGGAAAAGAACAAACAAAAGCAGAACGAACUGGAACUCAUGAAUGACAAGAUUGAAAGAGAGAAACAAGACAUUGAAGAAAGUCGGGAUGUGCUAACAAAGGAGAGAGAGGAGCUGGAACAAAUGAGGAGUGAGAUACAGCAACAGAGAGAGGAGACAGAAUCUCACAUGGAAGACCAAAGGAAAGAGAAAGAACAUUUGGAACAAAUGACGACGGACAUGAAAAAACAGUUGCUAGAGGUGGAUAAUGACAAGGAAAUGAUAGAAAGCUCAAUGGGUGAACUGAGAGUGAAAGAGGCAGAAAUAGUGAGAGAAAAAGACAACAUGGAUAACAAGAUGGCUAGGCUCAAAGAGGAAGAGGAUGGAAUGCGGGAAGAAAUAGGAAGGAAGAUGGACAUCUUAAAGAAGGAAAGUUGUGAAAUCAAAAGACUUAGAGAUGAAAUUGACAGUGAAAAGGACCAGCUGAAUGCAAAAUUGCUUGAGUUGGAAAAAAUGCGUGAAGAACUAGAUAGAGAGAAGAAGGAAGUGAAAGACAGGAAGGAUGAAACACUGAAAGAGAAAGAUCAGUUGGAAGAGAGGCGAGGUAAGAUGAGCAAGGAGAAAGAGGAAUUGGAUAUCAGUCUUGAACUGAUGAAAAGACAAAUGGAAGACUUGACAAGCUUGAAGGCUGAAGCAGAAGCACAGACCGAGGCCUGGAAAAUAGACUGGAAGGAAAAGCUCACGAGGGAAAGACAACAACUUGAAGAUGUAAAGGAGGAGAUACAGAAGGAAAAAGAAGCCUUUGAGAGAAAGAAGGGAUUGACCAUGAAAGAAAGAGAUGAGUUUGAUCUGAUGAAGUCUGAAACCCAGGGACAAUUGGAGGAAAUAGAACAAAACAAACAAGACAUUCGUGUGGAGAAGGAAAAGCUGGAUCAGAUCAAAGCUGAGUUAGAAAGACGGUCUGAAGACGUAAAUCAGGUCAUGGAUGAGACAAGACGGGAGAGGGGGAAGGUUGAAGAACUGGCUAUCCAAACUCAAAAAGAAAGAGAAGAAAUGGUGGGUUUUAUGGAAAAGAACAAACAAAAGCAGAACGAACUGGAACUCAUGAAUGACAAGAUUGAAAGAGAGAAACAAGACAUUGAAGAAAGUCGGGAUGUGCUAACAAAGGAGAGAGAGGAGCUGGAACAAAUGAGGAGUGAGAUACAGCAACAGAGAGAGGAGACAGAAUCUCACAUGGAAGACCAAAGGAAAGAGAAAGAACAUUUGGAACAAAUGACGACGGACAUGAAAAAACAGUUGCUAGAGGUGGAUAAUGACAAGGAAAUGAUAGAAAGCUCAAUGGGUGAACUGAGAGUGAAAGAGGCAGAAAUAGUGAGAGAAAAAGACAACAUGGAUAACAAGAUGGCUAGGCUCAAAGAGGAAGAGGAUGGAAUGCGGGAAGAAAUAGGAAGGAAGAUGGACAUCUUAAAGAAGGAAAGUUGUGAAAUCAAAAGACUUAGAGAUGAAAUUGACAGUGAAAAGGACCAGCUGAAUGCAACAUUGCUUGAGUUGGAAAAAAUGCGUGAAGAACUAGAUAGAGAGAAGAAGGAAGUGAAAGACAGGAAGGAUGAAACACUGAAAGAGAAAGAUCAGUUGGAAGAGAGGCGAGGUAAGAUGAGCAAGGUGAAAGAGGAAUUGGAUAUCAGUCUUGAACUGAUGAAAAGACAAAUGGAAGACUUGACAAGCUUGAAGGCUGAAGCAGAAGCACAGACCGAGCCUAUGGAAAUAGACUGGAAGGAAAAGCUCACGAGGGAAAGACAACAACUUGAAGAUGUAAAGGAGGAGAUACAGAAGGAAAAAGAAGCCUUUGAGAGAAAGAAGGGAUUGACCAUGAAAGAAAGAGAUGAGUUUGAUCUGAUGAAGUCUGAAACCCAGGGACAAUUGGAGGAAAUAGAACAAAACAAACAAGACAUUCGUGUGGAGAAGGAAAAGCUGGAUCAGAUCAAAGCUGAGUUAGAAAGACGGUCUGAAGACGUAAAUCAGGUCAUGGAUGAGACAAGACGGGAGAGGGGGAAGGUUGAAGAACUGGCUAUCCAAACUCAAAAAGAAAGAGAAGAAAUGGUGGGUUUUAUGGAAAAGAACAAACAAAAGCAGAACGAACUGGAACUCAUGAAUGACAAGAUUGAAAGAGAGAAACAAGACAUUGAAGAAAGUCGGGAUGUGCUAACAAAGGAGAGAGAGGAGCUGGAACAAAUGAGGAGUGAGAUACAGCAACAGAGAGAGGAGACAGAAUCUCACAUGGAAGACCAAAGGAAAGAGAAAGAACAUUUGGAACAAAUGACGACGGACAUGAAAAAACAGUUGCUAGAGGUGGAUAAUGACAAGGAAAUGAUAGAAAGCUCAAUGGGUGAACUGAGAGUGAAAGAGGCAGAAAUAGUGAGAGAAAAAGACAACAUGGAUAACAAGAUGGCUAGGCUCAAAGAGGAAGAGGAUGGAAUGCGGGAAGAAAUAGGAAGGAAGAUGGACAUCUUAAAGAAGGAAAGUUGUGAAAUCAAAAGACUUAGAGAUGAAAUUGACAGUGAAAAGGACCAGCUGAAUGCAAAAUUGCUUGAGUUGGAAAAAAUGCGCGAAGAACUAGAUAGAGAGAAGAAGGAAGUGAAAGACAGGAAGGAUGAAACACUGAAAGAGAAAGAUCAGUUGGAAGAGAGGCGAGGUAAGAUGAGCAAGGUGAAAGAGGAAUUGGAUAUCAGUCUUGAACUGAUGAAAAGACAAAUGGAAGACUUGACAAGCUUGAAGGCUGAAGCAGAAGCACAGACCGAGCCUAUGGAAAUAGACUGGAAGGAAAAGCUCACGAGGGAAAGACAACAACUUGAAGAUGUAAAGGAGGAGAUACAGAAGGAAAAAGAAGCCUUUGAGAGAAAGAAGGGAUUGACCAUGAAAGAAAGAGAUGAGUUUGAUCUGAUGAAGUCUGAAACCCAGGGACAAUUGGAGGAAAUAGAACAAAACAAACAAGACAUUCGUGUGGAGAAGGAAAAGCUGGAUCAGAUCAAAGCUGAGUUAGAAAGACGGUCUGAAGACGUAAAUCAGGUCAUGGAUGAGACAAGACGGGAGAGGGGGAAGGUUGAAGAACUGGCUAUCCAAACUCAAAAAGAAAGAGAAGGAAUGGUGUGUUUUAUGGAAAAGAACAAACAAAAGCAGAACGACCUGGAACUCAUGAAUGACAAGAUUGAAAGAGAGAAACAAGACAUCGAAGAAAGUCGGGAUGUGCUAACAAAGGAGAGAGAGGAGCUGGAACAAAUGAGGAGUGAGAUACAGCAACAGAGAGAGGAGACAGAAUCUCACAUGGAAGACCAAAGGAAAGAGAAAGAACGUUUGGAACAAAUGACGACGCACAUGAAAAAACAGUUGCUAGAGGUGGAAAAUGAUAAGGAAAUGAUAGAAAGCUCAAUGGGUGAACUGAGAGUGAAAGAGGCAGAAAUAGUGAGAGAAAAAGACAACAUGGAUAACAAGAUGGCUAGGCUCAAAGAGGAAGAGGAUGGAAUGCGGGAAGAAAUAGGAAGGAAGAUGGACAUCUUAAAGAAGGAAAGUUGUGAAAUCAAAAGACUUAGAGAUGAAAUUGACAGUGAAAAGGACCAGCUGAAUGCAACAUUGCUUGAGUUGGAAAAAAUGCGUGAAGAACUUGAUAGAGAGAAGAAGGAAGUGAAAGACAGGAAGGAUGAAACACUGAAAGAGAAAGAUCAGUUGGAAGAGAGGCGAGGUAAGAUGAGCAAGGUGAAAGAGGAAUUGGAUAUCAGUCUUGAACUGAUGAAAAGACAAAUGGAAGACUUGACAAGCUUGAAGGCUGAAGCAGAAGCACAGACCGAGCCUAUGGAAAAAGACUGGAAGGAAAAGCUCACGAGGGAAAGACAACAACUUGAAGAUGUAAAGGAGGAGAUACAGAAGGAAAAAGAAGCCUUUGAGAGAAAGAAGGGAUUGACCAUGAAAGAAAGAGAUGAGUUUGAUCUGAUGAAGUCUGAAACCCAGGGACAAUUGGAGGAAAUAGAACAAAACAAACAAGACAUUCGUGUGGAGAAGGAAAAGCUGGAUCAGAUCAAAGCUGAGUUAGAAAGACGGUCUGAAGACGUAAAUCAGGUCAUGGAUGAGACAAGACGGGAGAGGGGGAAGGUUGAAGAACUGGCUAUCCAAACUCAAAAAGAAAGAGAAGAAAUGGUGGGUUUUAUGGAAAAGAACAAACAAAAGCAGAACGAACUGGAACUCAUGAAUGACAAGAUUGAAAGAGAGAAACAAGACAUUGAAGAAAGUCGGGAUGUGCUAACAAAGGAGAGAGAGGAGCUGGAACAAAUGAGGAGUGAGAUACAGCAACAGAGAGAGGAGACAGAAUCUCACAUGGAAGACCAAAGGAAAGAGAAAGAACAUUUGGAACAAAUGACGACGGACAUGAAAAAACAGUUGCUAGAGGUGGAUAAUGACAAGGAAAUGAUAGAAAGCUCAAUGGGUGAACUGAGAGUGAAAGAGGCAGAAAUAGUGAGAGAAAAAGACAACAUGGAUAACAAGAUGGCUAGGCUCAAAGAGGAAGAGGAUGGAAUGCGGGAAGAAAUAGGAAGGAAGAUGGACAUCUUAAAGAAGGAAAGUUGUGAAAUCAAAAGACUUAGAGAUGAAAUUGACAGUGAAAAGGACCAGCUGAAUGCAAAAUUGCUUGAGUUGGAAAAAAUGCGCGAAGAACUAGAUAGAGAGAAGAAGGAAGUGAAAGACAGGAAGGAUGAAACACUGAAAGAGAAAGAUCAGUUGGAAGAGAGGCGAGGUAAGAUGAGCAAGGUGAAAGAGGAAUUGGAUAUCAGUCUUGAACUGAUGAAAAGACAAAUGGAAGACUUGACAAGCUUGAAGGCUGAAGCAGAAGCACAGACCGAGCCUAUGGAAAUAGACUGGAAGGAAAAGCUCACGAGGGAAAGACAACAACUUGAAGAUGUAAAGGAGGAGAUACAGAAGGAAAAAGAAGCCUUUGAGAGAAAGAAGGGAUUGACCAUGAAAGAAAGAGAUGAGUUUGAUCUGAUGAAGUCUGAAACCCAGGGACAAUUGGAGGAAAUAGAACAAAACAAACAAGACAUUCGUGUGGAGAAGGAAAAGCUGGAUCAGAUCAAAGCUGAGUUAGAAAGACGGUCUGAAGACGUAAAUCAGGUCAUGGAUGAGACAAGACGGGAGAGGGGGAAGGUUGAAGAACUGGCUAUCCAAACUCAAAAAGAAAGAGAAGAAAUGGUGGGUUUUAUGGAAAAGAACAAACAAAAGCAGAACGAACUGGAACUCAUGAAUGACAAGAUUGAAAGAGAGAAACAAGACAUUGAAGAAAGUCGGGAUGUGCUAACAAAGGAGAGAGAGGAGCUGGAACAAAUGAGGAGUGAGAUACAGCAACAGAGAGAGGAGACAGAAUCUCACAUGGAAGACCAAAGGAAAGAGAAAGAACAUUUGGAACAAAUGACGACGGACAUGAAAAAACAGUUGCUAGAGGUGGAUAAUGACAAGGAAAUGAUAGAAAGCUCAAUGGGUGAACUGAGAGUGAAAGAGGCAGAAAUAGUGAGAGAAAAAGACAACAUGGAUAACAAGAUGGCUAGGCUCAAAGAGGAAGAGGAUGGAAUGCGGGAAGAAAUAGGAAGGAAGAUGGACAUCUUAAAGAAGGAAAGUUGUGAAAUCAAAAGACUUAGAGAUGAAAUUGACAGUGAAAAGGACCAGCUGAAUGCAAAAUUGCUUGAGUUGGAAAAAAUGCGCGAAGAACUAGAUAGAGAGAAGAAGGAAGUGAAAGACAGGAAGGAUGAAACACUGAAAGAGAAAGAUCAGUUGGAAGAGAGGCGAGGUAAGAUGAGCAAGGUGAAAGAGGAAUUGGAUAUCAGUCUUGAACUGAUGAAAAGACAAAUGGAAGACUUGACAAGCUUGAAGGCUGAAGCAGAAGCACAGACCGAGCCUAUGGAAAUAGACUGGAAGGAAAAGCUCACGAGGGAAAGACAACAACUUGAAGAUGUAAAGGAGAUACAGAAGGAAAAAGAAGCCUUUGAGAGAAAGAAGGGAUUGACCAUGAAAGAAAGAGAUGAGUUUGAUCUGAUGAAGUCUGAAACCCAGGGACAAUUGGAGGAAAUAGAACAAAACAAACAAGACAUUCGUGUGGAGAAGGAAAAGCUGGAUCAGAUCAAAGCUGAGUUAGAAAGACGGUCUGAAGACGUAAAUCAGGUCAUGGAUGAGACAAGACGGGAGAGGGGGAAGGUUGAAGAACUGGCUAUCCAAACUCAAAAAGAAAGAGAAGGAAUGGUGGGUUUUAUGGAAAAGAACAAACAAAAGCAGAACGAACUGGAACUCAUGAAUGACAAGAUUGAAAGAGAGAAACAAGACAUCGAAGAAAGUCGGGAUGUGCUAACAAAGGAGAGAGAGGAGCUGGAACAAAUGAGGAGUGAGAUACAGCAACAGAGAGAGGAGACAGAAUCUCACAUGGAAGACCAAAGGAAAGAGAAAGAACGUUUGGAACAAAUGACGACGCACAUGAAAAAACAGUUGCUAGAGGUGGAAAAUGAUAAGGAAAUGAUAGAAAGCUCAAUGGGUGAACUGAGAGUGAAAGAGGCAGAAAUAGUGAGAGAAAAAGACAACAUGGAUAACAAGAUGGCUAGGCUCAAAGAGGAAGAGGAUGGAAUGCGGGAAGAAAUAGGAAGGAAGAUGGACAUCUUAAAGAAGGAAAGUUGUGAAAUCAAAAGACUUAGAGAUGAAAUUGACAGUGAAAAGGACCAACUGAAUGCAACAUUGCUUGAGUUGGAAAGAAUGCGUGAAGAACUUGAUAGAGAGAAGAAGGAAGUGAAAGACAGGAAGGAUGAAACACUGAAAGAGAAAGAUCAGUUGGAAGAGAGGCGAGGUAAGAUGAGCAAGGAGAAAGAGGAAUUGGAUAUCAAUCUUGAACUGAUGAAAAGACAAAGGGAAGACUUGACAAGCUUGAAGGCUGAAGCAGAAGCACAGACCGAGCCUAUGGAAAAAGACUGGAAGGAAAAGCUCACGAGGGAAAGACAACAACUUGAAGAUGUAAAGGAGGAGAUACAGAAGGAAAAAGAAGCCUUUGAGAGAAAGAAGGGAUUGACCACGAAAGAAAGAGAUGAGUUUGAUCUGAUGAAGUCUGAAACCCAGGGACAAUUGGAGGAAAUAGAACAAAACAAACAAGACAUUCGUGUGGAGAAGGAAAAGCUGGAUCAGAUCAAAGCUGAGUUAGAAAGACGGUCUGAAGACGUAAAUCAGGUCAUGGAUGAGACAAGACGGGAGAGGGGGAAGGUUGAAGAACUGGCUAUCCAAACUCAAAAAGAAAGAGAAGGAAUGGUGGGUUUUAUGGAAAAGAACAAACAAAAGCAGAACGACCUGGAACUCAUGAAUGACAAGAUUGAAAGAGAGAAACAAGACAUCGAAGAAAGUCGGGAUGUGCUAACAAAGGAGAGAGAGGAGCUGGAACAAAUGAGGAGUGAGAUACAGCAACAGAGAGAGGAGACAGAAUCUCACAUGGAAGACCAAAGGAAAGAGAAAGAACGUUUGGAACAAAUGACGACGCACAUGAAAAAACAGUUGCUAGAGAUGGAAAAUGAUAAGGAAAUGAUAGAAUGCUCAAUUGGUGAACUGAGAGUGAAAGAGGCAGAAAUUGUGAGAGAAAAAGACAACAUGGAUAACAAGAUGGCUAGGCUCAAAGAGGAAGAGGAUGGAAUGCGGGAAGAAAUAGGAAGGAAGAUGGACAUCUUAAAGAAGGAAAGUUGUGAAAUCAAAAGACUUAGAGAUGAAAUUGACAGUGAAAAGGACCAACUGAAUGCAACAUUGCUUGAGUUGGAAAGAAUGCGUGAAGAACUUGAUAGAGAGAAGAAGGAAGUGAAAGACAGGAAGGAUGAAACACUGAAAGAGAAAGAUCAGUUGGAAGAGAGGCGAGGUAAGAUGAGCAAGGAGAAAGAGGAAUUGGAUAUCAGUCUUGAACUGAUGAAAAGACAAAGGGAAGACUUGACAAGCUUGAAGGCUGAAGCAGAAGCACAGACCGAGCCUAUGGAAAAAGACUGGAAGGAAAAGCUCACGAGGGAAAGACAACAACUUGAAGAUGUAAAGGAGGAGAUACAGAAGGAAAAAGAAGCCUUUGAGAGAAAGAAGGGAUUGACCACGAAAGAAAGAGAUGAGUUUGAUCUGAUGAAGUCUGAAACCCAGGGACAAUUGGAGGAAAUAGAACAAAACAAACAAGACAUUCGUGUGGAGAAGGAAAAGCUGGAUCAGAUCAAAGCUGAGUUAGAAAGACGGUCUGAAGACGUAAAUCAGGUCAUGGAUGAGACAAGACGGGAGAGGGGGAAGGUUGAAGAACUGGCUAUCCAAACUCAAAAAGAAAGAGAAGGAAUGGUGGGUUUUAUGGAAAAGAACAAACAAAAGCAGAACGACCUGGAACUCAUGAAUGACAAGAUUGAAAGAGAGAAACAAGACAUCGAAGAAAGUCGGGAUGUGCUAACAAAGGAGAGAGAGGAGCUGGAACAAAUGAGGAGUGAGAUACAGCAACAGAGAGAGGAGACAGAAUCUCACAUGGAAGACCAAAGGAAAGAGAAAGAACGUUUGGAACAAAUGACGACGCACAUGAAAAAACAGUUGCUAGAGAUGGAAAAUGAUAAGGAAAUGAUAGAAUGCUCAAUUGGUGAACUGAGAGUGAAAGAGGCAGAAAUUGUGAGAGAAAAAGACAACAUGGAUAACAAGAUGGCUAGGCUCAAAGAGGAAGAGGAUGGAAUGCGGGAAGAAAUAGGAAGGAAGAUGGACAUCUUAAAGAAGGAAAGUUGUGAAAUCAAAAGACUUAGAGAUGAAAUUGACAGUGAAAAGGACCAGCUGAAUGCAACAUUGCUUGAGUUGGAAAAAAUGCGUGAAGAACUUGAUAGAGAGAAGAAGGAAGUGAAAGACAGGAAGGAUGAAACACUGAAAGAGAAAGAUCAGUUGGAAGAGAGGCGAGGUAAGAUGAGCAAGGAGAAAGAGGAAUUGGAUAUCAGUCUUGAACUGAUGAAAAGACAAAGGGAAGACUUGACAAGCUUGAAGGCUGAAGCAGAAGCACAGACCGAGCCUAUGGAAAAAGACUGGAAGGAAAAGCUCACGAGGGAAAGACAACAACUUGAAGAUGUAAAGGAGGAGAUACAGAAGGAAAAAGAAGCCUUUGAGAGAAAGAAGGGAUUGACCAUGAAAGAAAGAGAUGAGUUUGAUCUGAUGAAGUCUGAAACCCAGGGACAAUUGGAGGAAAUAGAACAACUCCAGAAAGAAAGGGAGGAAAUGAAAAGUGUUAUUGAAGAUAUCAAGAGAGCAAAAGCUAAUCAGGAAGUGAUGGAAUCUGAGAUUGUGACAAAGAAACGAGAAACAGAUAAUAUCAUGGAAAUGAUCUCAAAAGAAAAAGACAACAUGGACAAAAUUAAGAUUGAAAUGGAAAGAGAGAGGGGCGAAUUUGAGAUCACCAAGGGCAAGAUGGUGACGGAGAUGGAUGAGCUGGGACAGAGAAAAGCUGAGAUCGAGAAUGAUAAAUAUGAAGCCAAAAUGUUGAUGGCUGAACUGAAAGAGGAAGAGGAAAGAAUGAAGGAAGAAAUUUGCAAGAUGAAAGACAGUCUCGAGCAGAUCAAAGCUGAAAUACAACCACAGAGAGAAGACAUUGAAAGCAAGAUGGAGGAGCUGAAUGUCCAAAAGGCUGAGAUGGAAAGUGCUAUGACCGAUAUCGACAGACAAAAAAAGGACAUGCAAAACCAAAGACAGCAAAUUGAACAAGACAAACAAAAGAUGAUCAAGGAAAAGGAUGAUCUGGAACAGAUCAAGAUGGAGUUACAAACACGAUCAGAUUUCCUGGAAAACCUCAUUGAGGAGAGAAUGGGGAAGAAGGAGAACAUUGAAAGUAUGGCUUUCCAGAUUCAGAAGGAAAGGGAGGAAGUUGAAAGUAUUGUUGAGGAUAUCAAGACAAGGAAAGCUGAUCUGGAAUUGAUGAAAGCAACGGCUGAAGUAGAGAAGCAAGAAACAGAAAACAUCAAGGAAAUGAUCUCCAGGGAAAAAGACAAACUAGAACAAAUGACGAUUGAGAUUGAAAGAGAGAAGGAAGAAAUAUAUAUCACCAAGGGCAAAAUUGAAAUGGAUAUGGAUGAGCUGGAAAGUAGAAAGGCUGAGGUAGAGAAUGGAAAACAUCAAUCUGAAAAACUGAUUGCUGAAUUGAAGGAGGAACACCAAAGAAUGAGGGAGGAUAUCAGGAAGAUGAAAGAAAACCUAGACACUGAAAUACAGCUGAAGAGAGAUGAUAUUGAAAGUAAAAUGGAAGAGUUGGAUGUCAAAAAGAGAGAGCUGGAAAACAUGUGGACUGAUAUUUACAUAGAAAAGGAGGAACUACAAAACCAGAGAAAGGAAAUAGAAGAAGACAAACAAAAUAUACUAGAUGAAAAGGGUGGGCUGGAACACAUCAAGGCUGAUUUACAGAUGAAGAGCAAAAAGGAGAAUGUUGAGGGCAUGGCUGUCCAAUUCCAGAUGGAAAAGGAGGAAAUUCAAAGUGUCAUGGUAGAACCUGAGAUAAGAAGACAAGUACUGGAAUUUACAAAAGUGGAGGUAGAGAAGGAAGAAACAGAGAAUAUCAAGGACAUUGUAUUAAAGGAUCAGAAAUAUCUGGAACAAAUGAAGAUUGAGAUGGAAAGAGAAAGAGAAGAAAUUGAUCAUACCAAGAUCAAGAUAGCAAUCGAUAUGGAAAGGCUGGAAGCGACAAAGGUUGUAAUAGAGAGACAACUGAAAGAAGAACAACAACAAAUGAGGGAGGAUAUCGAGAAGAUGAAAGACAACCAAGAGCAGAUCAAUGCUGAAAUACAAUUACAGCGAGAGGACAUUGCAGCCCAAAUGGCUGAGUUAAAUGUCAAAAAAGCAGAGUUGGAAAACAUUCAGGCUGAUCUAGACAGACAGAAAGUAGAACAUGAUGACAUGAGAAAAUACAUAUUUGUGGGAAAGAAUCAACUGGACGAGAGGAAUGCUGCCUUGCAAAAACAAAGGGAGGAGAUGGAUAAAAUCAUGGAACCAACAGCUGUGAUAAAGGCUGAAGUACAAACACAGACAGAGCCCAUGGAAGACAGCUUGGAGGAACAGCUCAAAGGGGACAUGGAAGAAGUUGAAGGUCAUGACAUAGACAAAGAGAAAGAGGACCUGGGACAAACCAACAGGCUGGCAAUGAUAGAGAGGGAGGAGUUGGAAUCCAUGAAGUCUGAAAUAGGAAAACAAAGACAGGAAAUAAAGGAGAACAAUCAAAAGAUACAGGAUGAGAAGGCUGAGAUUGAAAAGAUCAAGAAUGAUUUACAGAAACGGUCAGAGAAUCUAGACAACCUCGUGGAAGAGACAAAGAGGGAAAAGGAGAAUGUUAAGGACAGGGCUGCUCAAAUCCAGAAGGGCCAGGAGGGAAUGGAACGUGUUAUUGAGGAUACCAAGACAAAGAGCCCUGAACUGGAUAUGUUGAAAGCUGAGAUAAAGACAGAGAAACAAGAAACAUUCAACCUGAAGGACAUGACAUCAAAGGAGAAACGUGACUUGGAACAAAUUAAGGUGAAAAUGGAGAAAGAAAUACAAGAACUGGAGAACACCAAGGACACGACAGAAAUUGAUAUUAGUCAGCUGGAACAAAGAAGGGUUCAGUUAGAAGGAGAAGAAGAUGGAAUGAAAAAUCUGAUGGCUUCACUGAAAGAGGAAGAGCAGAGUAUGAAAGAGAAUAUUGGGAAGAUGAAAGAAAAUUUAGAGCAGAUUAAUGCUGAAAUACAAGUACAGAGAGAUGACAUUGCAACACAAAUGGAAGAGUUAAAUGUCAAGAAAGAAGAGCUGGAAAACAUUCAAAUGGAUAUCGACAGACAAAUAGAACAGAUGGGCAAAACACAAAAUGCUAUGAUCAUGGAAAAGAAUGAACUGGAAGAGAAGCUUGCUGGUGUGCAAAAACAAACGGAGGAGGUGGAAGCCAUCAUUGAAAUGACAAAGAGGGAGAGGGAGGAUGUGACGAGGAUAAAGGCUGAAACAGAGGAACAGAAAGAUCAAAUGGAAGACAACCUGAUGGAAACUCUGAAACACGACAGAGAGGAACUUGAACGCCUGAAAGAAACAGAAAGAAAGGAGGAAACUAAGGGCAUUAAAGAGAAGACAGGGAGGGAGACGGAGGGGUUAGAACGGGUUAACAUAGAGUCCCAGAGAGUGCUGCAAGAUCUGGAGAACGUUGUGGAGGAAACCAUGGAGAACGAGGGUGCAGAGGAAAUGGCUAUCCAAAUACAAAAGCAAAUGGAGGACAAUGUGAGAAUCAUUGAGGAGAUGGAGCAAGAGAAGGCACAUUUAGAGCUGAUGAACGUUAAGAUGCAAAGUGAGAGAGAAGAAAUAUACUCUAACAAGGCCAUGAUUGAAAGGGAGAAGGAUGACCUGCUACAAAUGAAAUCUAUGAUUACACGGCAGAGAUGCGAAAUUGAACAAAUUACAGCCGUCUUAAGGGACGAGAGGGACACUCUUGAGCAAUUUAAGACUGAUAUGGAAAGACAGCGACAAGAGAUGAUGAACAAUAUGGACUUGGUGGAAAGAGAGAGAGAUGAACUGGGAAAGACGAGGUCGGAGAUGGAUGAGUUGGAACACAUGGCAGCUGAAACAGAAAGACCGAAGGAGAAGAUGGACAAAAGAAAGGGUGCAGCAAUGAUGGAGGCGCCUCCGCUGGAGGAAAGAGAAGACAGCGUUCAGAAACAGAGUGUUGAAGUUCUCUUCAUCUCAGAUACAACACAGACAGAAAAAAUAAAGGAUGAACCCGAACAAAGCGCGGUUGAGACACUUCAGACACAGGGCGAAACAAUGGACUCAGUCAAGAAGGACAGAGAUGAUCUCGAACAAAUGAGAGCAACAGAUGAAAGGCUCCCAAAGAGAGAUCAUUUGGAGAAAAUCCGUCAGGAGGCUCAGGCAGAAAAGGAGGAGAUUGAGAAGAUUAAGCACAGAGUUCAUGAGAUGAAAGAACAUCUAGAGGGAAGACUAGCAGUGAUUCAGAGACACGAGUUGGUACAGAGAACAAGGAUACAAAGAGAGAAAGAAGAGCUAAAGAAGAUGAAGGAAGAGUUGGAGAGAGACAGCCAAGCUCGGCAAACAGAGUGGGACAGAGGCAGGAGGAAACUUCAGGAGAAGGACCAGGAGCUUGAGAUGCUAAAAGUGGAGAUGUUCCGAGAGAUCGAAAGACUGCAGGUUCAUAUGGAAAAAGAGAUGGAGACACUGGAGACAAGUGACAAAGGUGUCCAAACCUCAGACGUGGUAUUAACCAUAGAAGAAGAGAGAAUGUGGUUGAUGGAGGACUCAACGACAGAGGAGUACAGUAUGCUGGCAGAAAUAAGUCAAGAAACAGAGCAAACCACAGUGGAUAUGACAUUCGCCAGUUCAUCACUGGAGCUCCAGGGUCAAUCAGAGGAGCACACAGUGAUAGAGGAUUCUCAGAUGAGCGUAGUAAGAGCAGAGGCUUCUCCAUUCAGCAGGUUGCUACGGUGGCUUUGGCGCUACUGCUGUGGCUGCUGCCGCUGUUGUGACUGCUGCGGAAGGGAGUGUGAAGAAGAAGAGGAGGAGAACAUAGUCUAGUCCCAACUAUAUCAGUGGGGCUUUAAAAUAAAUGAAUUUGCUAUGUAAAGGCUGUGUGGGAAAAAAUCUGGUUCAGUAAUAUGAAUUGUGAAACAACACCAUCAGUUAUCAUUCAUUCAGUUACAUCACGUAUGAUCUCUAUUCUACUAUGCCCAAGUGAAGUGAUAAGAAAUCAUGUCAAGAUGAUGUUAUGCAAUAACCUGAUUUAUAUGCCGUGUAGUAAGGGUUGUGCAGUAUUGCAGUGCUAUGUAUUUACAAUGAAGGUGAACUAAGUUUGCACUGAAUAUUAGAUCUAGAGAGAGCAACAUGUACCUUUAUUUAUUUGUUAUAUUUAUAAUGAAAUAUGUAUUUCUUAUAUCUCUUUACAGCUUUUGUUAAAGGUGCACUGGAUACUGAAUGGACUCUUAUCAAGAUUUGUCAAAACAAGUUAUUUCUAUUUACUUUUAGUUUUCUUAUUUUUAUACACACAGAAUUUGCAGUAAACUUAGCGCUAUUCUAUCAUUUUCUCAGGGACAGCUGUUGUUCUUUAAGCCAGUAUUUUGUAAGUGUAAAAGCCUUGUAAAUUCAUUUAUAAGCGUGUCAUUCUAAUGUAUUUAAUUUGGUUAUUUCUGCAUCUCUUUCUCUAUACAUCCACAAUUACAACAAACAUGUGCUAUUAUGUUCUCAGAUGGGAUGAAUUCACAGUGCAGUAAUGGAUACUAGCAGUGACUGAAGAAGUACAAAAUACACUUGAUUAUUUUGAUAUGAGCAAUGGUUCCCUUCAUGAACUUCUGUGGGGUCUGGGAUUCACUCAGUCAAGCAUUUACAUUGCAAGGUUGGGUCAAUAAUCAGCAAUGACAGUAACCCAGACACAGUGGGUUAGGUUGGCCUCAGCAGACCUAAACCAUUGUUGCCGGAGGCAGCUGAAAGGGGACACUAAUAAAGUAGUCAUUACCCAGGAAAUUACUUAUAACCUGUUCCUUGUCGUGAAUGGCAAGGAAAGUUACUCAAAGUUGGCACAGGAACUUGGCAGUUCACACUUGCCCCACAACAGUGGUCUAUGAGAGCUGAGUUUGAAGUUUUGCAAAAGCUUCAUGUCAAAAGAAUCAAUGCACUAUGGGCCGGUUUCCUGGACUUAAAAGGAUACUCUAUGGAGACUAUCCAUACUUGAGUUUUUUAGUUCAGGAAUAGGUUUAACUAAAUGAUUUUCUCAAGAAUAAUUUUGACCCAAAGACUGAUGGUGGAGAUGCAGGAAUAAAAAGCAAUUCUCACUCACAAUUUGACAGACACUAUUAAAAGUGCGAGAAUACGCCAAUACAAAAAGUACGUUUCUGACAUUGGAUGGAACAUUCAUAUUCCUGUGGAAAAGCACAGCUGCAAUGCCUGGGAAAUCGACCAAUCACUCAUGUACCUGGAUACUAUUUACCAUUGUUGUCAAAGUACUGUUUGCCUGUAACCCAAUAAAGACACCAUUAAUAAAUGUG